CGAAAUUCAGAACGAAAUUUUCAUUUGCCAGUUUUCAAAAUUUUUUCUCAGGUCCCAUUAUUUUGUAAAUAAAAAUAAUGGUUGAUUUGAAGUAGUCCUCCGUAUUUGAUGUACCCAUAUUUUUUUCUUAGCUCAAGCCGGCAUGAUAUCCCUAGCCUUUUCUGAAAAUGGUCUUUCCGUUUUGUGAGCGAUGCGCCACUGAAUAAAGCUUCAGCAUCUUUUCGAACCGCGACUCUCUCUAGGCACAAGACAUCAAGAAACGUCCAAACAAAGAAUUUUUGUUUCGUUUCCUUUCUGAAAAGUUUCACAACAACUACGCUUUAAUUCCUUACGCGCGUUCUAUCAGUUAUUUCACAACUAAAAGUUGAGCAAUUUUCCUUUUCCCAAACUAUUAUACCAUCUACCUUCUUCUACAUUAUCCUAGAAGAAAUUUCUCCUCCACUACAAGACUGAAACCCACCCUACUAAUAAUCAAAUUCUCUAGAAAAUAAUCAAAAUGGCGGCCACCACGGAUCAGCUUGCCAUCACGGACAGCAACAUGCUGAUGCAGGUGGCGCUCCGCGAAAACAGCUCGACCGCGAUCGAGUCCGCCGACAAGGUCCGCAAGUCCCGUUUCGCCCCCAUUGACCGGACGCUCUCCGCGCAGCAGACCCGGUGGGGCGCGGACGACGACAAGCCGUACAAGCCGCUGCCGUACAUAGACAUGCCGGUGGGGCUGUCGGACCAAGAAAUGGAUCAGUUUCUCCGGGAGCGCCGGCUGGAGGAGCUCACGAAGAACAUCCGGGGCAACGUAUCAAAAGGAAAAAUUCCCCCACCCCAUACUCAAAGGGAGAUUUGUAUAGCAUGAUUUGUGAUCACAAAUCGCGUUGUCAUGCUAGAAGGGAAGAGAUGCAGAUUUUAGUGCUGGCUGGCGUGGGAAAGCUUUGCGUCUUCAGCAUGACAGGAAGCAACUGGAAACGGGAAACAGCAUGACAAAUUUCCUGCAAACGAAGGAACAGUUGCGUCUUUUGGCCUUCUAGCAAUACAAGUUGAUUUAUGGUCACAAAUCAGCAUCACAAAUUUCCUUUUUGAUAUGGGGAGGGGGGAUUUUUCGUUUUGAUACAACGUGCUGGAGGACGUGGACCCGGACAUCCGGCCACCCAGCCCCCCGCCGGUGUACGACCGGAACGGGAACCGCAUCAACAGCCGGGAGACCAGAAUCCGGAAGCAGAUGCUGAACGAGCAGAACCGGCUCGUGCGGUACAUGAUGAAACACGUGCCCGGCUACGUCGCACCCACGGACUUCCGCCCGCAGAAGCUGGCGAAGAAGCUGAUCCUGCCGCUGGAAAAGUACCCCAACGCGCCCUUCGUGCAGGUCAUCAUCGGCGCGCGGGGGGCCAACCACAAGAAGCUGCAGGAGCUCACCGGGUGCCGGAUCAUGAUCCGCGGCAAGGGCAUGGACGAGAAGCAGAAGUACCAAACGGACGAGGACGCGGAACUGCCCCAGCACGUGCACAUCGAGGCGGACCACGAGGAGCAGAUCGCCAUGGCCGAGACGUUAAUCAAACCCUUGCUGAACCCGGAGACCAAGGAGUUCGUGGAGGCACAGGAGCUGGGGCUGCAGGUGCUGGCCAAACAGAACGGGUUCACGGUGGCGUUGCACGAGAAGCGGUGCGGGAUCUGCCAGGCCAUUGGGCACACGUCGGACCAGUGUCCGGAAGCGGACGGGUCCGGGUGGAAGAUGGCGGAGGUGCGGUGCGCGAUCUGUGGCGACCGGGGGCACCCGACCAGCGACUGCCCCAUGAAGAUCUCGGAGGGAAUCCAGGAAAACAUCAACUGGAAGGCGGAGGCCGCGAAGAAAAUGGAGGCGGACAAGCUGUACGCAGAGAUGAUGCAGGAAUUCAAAACCCCGAUGGAUUUCGACAGCAUCGAUUCCGCGAAGCAGAGGGAAAAGGACUUUUUGAACAAAGCGAGACCGGGCUUGGGAUUUUCAUCAUCUGCUGGGAACAAUAAGGAUCCAAUUUGCACCGAGGUUGGCGGCGGAGUUAGUACUACCGCGGCAAGUGGUGCAGCAACGACGUCCGGGGUUGCAGGGGUCACGACCAGUAAAGCGGGGGCUUUUGUGACAGCAAGCAGCGCGAAUACGUCCUGUGGUGGGACCGCUGCGGGGGGUCCUAGCGACUACAAUAAUGAUGGGCGACAAGGAGUUCCGCCAGCGUCUGGUAAUAUUUCUGCGAACGGGGGCACAUCAACCUCUUCCGCGAGUAAUGUCGCCGGAUUCAAUGCCCCGCCCGCCGCGAAACACGCUCCGCAACAGAUCAAUGGAACAGCGACAGCAGGAGCGAAUGGUGCCGACUCCGGCGCAGAAGCAGGAGCAACGUCAUCAGGCCCGCACUUAACGACGCUUUCCACGCACACGGACUACGCAAUGGACACGUCCCUCACGAUACGGAAGGACCUGUGCAGUUUUUUCAUCGGUGCGAAGGGCGCGAACAUUCACGCACUGAAGCGGGAGGCGGGUUGCGAAAUCAAUCUGGAGCGGGCGGACAAUCCCGACGGGACGAAAACCAUAAAGAUUUCCGGCAACACCGAGCAGCGGGAGAAGGCAAAACAGCUCGUGCUCACGGCCAUUGAGGACGCGAAACAGGCCCAGCAGGUGAUGGCGAAACGGAAGGAAAUGUCGAUGGGCAUCGACAGGGGCUGGUCUGGUUCUGGUGGGGAGAAAGGCAGUAGCUCCUCCUGGUCGUCGAACAAGGACCACGGCGAGUUCGGCAAGGGGAAAGGGAAAAUGAACAGCUUCGGAGGUGGGGGCAAAAACAGCUGGUACAAUCACCGAAACAACAAGGGCGGCGGGUCGAAUCCGUACGGGAAUUUGCCGGGCGGCGGCUUCGGCGGCAUGCCGGGGGCCUUGCCCGCGUUUGCGUUCGGGCAACAGCAGCAGAUGCAGUACCAGCAGAUGCAGAUGCAGCAGCAGAUGAUGUACCAAAUGCAGAUGAAUGCCAUGUACGGCCAGCAACAGGCUGCGGCCGCAAACAUGCAGCAGGGCAUGCAGGGGCAGCAGCAGAUGGGGCAACAGCAACAGCAACUGCCUGGGAACAAUAACAGUGCUGCUGGGUGAGUUCCUCCACGUUGGAGCAGCAGAAGCUGUAGGGCGGUAGUAGCAUCUGUUGCAAGAAUCACUGGCACAGUUCCAUAAUCUGCGAUACAUUUAUCAUUACCCAAGACCUGCUCAUCGUCUUGUUGUGCUGCACCAAAAAAAACGGCCAUCUUUUCAACAGAUCAGUACCACUACGCGUCGCGCUGUCAG